AUGGCGACCACCAUGCUGAUGCUGUUUUGGGUGAGCGUACCUUGCCUCGCCUUCCAAGCCUUCAGGAACAGGUCCGAACUCCAGCAGGCAGUCGAUGGAUGGCAAAGCCUCGGAGGAAAGGAGACGGUUCAGUCCACCUACGGGGACAUUGCACACUGGGACGUGUCUGCCGUGACAGACAUGAGCCGCCUCUUCGAGAGUCUCGACAGCUUCAACGAGAACAUCGUCGCUUGGAACGUUUCGGCCGUGACAGACAUGAAGCGUAUGUUCUACAUGGCGAGUUCUUUCAACCAGCCUCUUGGCUCCUGGGAUACGUCCUCCGUGAUUGACAUGAGCUACAUGUUCUAUGGAGCAGGUGCUUUCGAUCAGCCAAUCGGUUCCUGGGAGACGUCCUCGGUGACUAACAUGAGCCACAUGUUCUACGGGGCAGGUACUUUCGAUCAGCCCAUCGGCCCUUGGAACACCUCUUCUGUGACCAGCUUCAACGGCAUGUUUGCUGGCGCUGUCGCUUUCAAUCAGCCCAUCGACUCCUGGAAUACGUCCUCCGUUAUGGACAUGAGCGGCAUGUUCGAAGAAGCACUGGCUUUCAGUCAACCCAUCGGCUCGUGGGAUACAUCCUCAGUGGUUGACAUGAGUUUCAUGUUCAGUCAAGGUGACAGGAGCUCGUGGUAUGAGCCUCUGGACUACAGCUACGGCUAUGGUUACGGCUACUGGUACGGCUCCAGCUACGGCUAUGGUCCUGCAAGUUAUGGUUUCAAUCAUCCCAUCGGUUCGUGGAACACGGCGUCCGUCACCAACAUGAGUGGGAUGUUCAGAGGCGCGCAGGAAUUCAAUCAGCCCAUCGACACUUGGGACACGUCUUCAGUGGCUGACAUGAGCCGCAUGUUCGAGUCUAAUCGAGCUUUCAAUCAGUCUGUCGGCUCCUGGAACACAUCCUCUGUGACCGGCAUGAGAGGGAUGGAAAGCAGACUUUUUAAUCAGCCCAUCGAAUCUUGGAAUACAGCUUCGGUGACUGACAUGAGCUACAUGUUCUGCUAUGCAAGUGCUUUCAAUCAGCAAAUCAGCUCGUGGAAUACUUCCUCGGUGACUGACAUGACCUACAUGUUUUGCGACUCGGGUUUCGACCAGCCACUGGGCUCUUGGAAUACCCGCUCCGUACGGAGUAUGCGUGGCAUGUUCUGGGGCGCAUGGGCUUUCAAUCAGCCCAUCGGUGUGUGGAACACGUCUUCAGUGACUGACAUGAGCCGCAUGUUCUACUGGGCAGGUGCUUUCGAUCAGCCAAUCGGUUCCUGGGAGACGUCCUCGGUGACUGACAUGAGCUACAUGUUCUACGGGGCAGGUGCUUUCGAUCAGCCAAUCGGUUCCUGGGAUACCUCCUCUGUGACCAGCAUGCACGGUAUGUUCUGGGACGUUUACGCUUUUAAUCAACCCAUCGGCGUGUGGAACACCUCUUCUGUGACCGACAUGGGCUCGAUGUUCAGGGGCGCUAGAGCUUUCAAUCAGCCAAUCAGAUCGUGGAAAACAUCCUCUGUGACCGAUAUGAGUGAGAUGUUCAGGGGCGCAAAUGCUUUCAAUCAGCUCAUCGACUUGUGGGACACCUCUUCCGUGACCAGCAUGCGGCAGAUGUUUCGCCAAUGCUAUGCUUUCGAUGAACCCAUCGGCUCAUGGAACACCUCGUCUGUGACCGACAUGAGCGAGAUGCUCAGGAAUGCUGCAGCGUUCAAUCAGCCCAUUGGCUCCUGGAUAACAUCCUCUGUGCGAACGAUGACUGGCAUGUUCAGGGGCGGGGCAAUCUUGUUCAAUCAACCCAUCGGCUCCUGGGAUACGUCUGCAGUGACUGACAUGAGCGAAAUGUUCGGUGAGGGUUCUGAUUUCGAUCGCAUCGCGUACUACGUGUUCGCUGGGGCUCGUGAUUUCAAUCAGCCCAUCGGCUCAUGGGACACAUCUUCUGUGACGGACAUGAGCCACAUGUUUCGGGGUGCUGAAGCUUUCAAUCAGCCCGUGGGCUCGUGGGACACGUCAUCUGUUCAACGGAUGCAAAGGAUGUUCAGCAGUGCACAUGUUUUUAACCAACCCAUCGGAUCUUGGGAUACCUCGUCUGUUUCCAGGUUGGACUACAUGUUCGAGGAAGCAAAGGCUUUCGAUCAACCCAUUGACUCCUGGGACACCUCUUCUGUACAGGACAUGCGAGGGAUGUUCUUGAACGCCACAGCUUUCAAUCAGUCCAUCGGCUCAUGGAGAGCAUCUUCUGUGGAACAUAUGCAGGAGAUGUUCAUGCAUGCAGGUGCUUUCAAUCAGCCCAUCGGCUCUUGGAACACCUCUUCUGUGACCAGCUUCGAAGGCAUGUUCGCUGGCGCUGUCGCUUUCAAUCAGCCCAUCGGCUCCUGGGAUACGUCCUCCGUUAUCGACAUGAGCGGCAUGUUCGCUGAGGCAGUCGCUUUCAACCAACCGGUUGGCUCAUGGGAUACCUCCAAGGUGAAGCAGAUGGACAGAAUGUUCAAUGGGGCGAAUGCCUUCAACCAGUCUCUCCAGUCCUGGAACACAGAUGCCAUCGCCACAGCGCAGGACAUGUUUUCACCCACAAGCAUGCCGUACAAAUGA